UUUUCUUGGGAGGAGCGUGCUCUUCGGCUCUAAUUCCUCGCCCUCUUUACUCUCCUCUGGCGACUUCAUAACUAUGAGUCGCAUCCCUAACCCGUUCCUCGGUGGCCAGGGACAGCAACAGAAGACGCCACAGAAAGCUCCAUCGCCUGGAUUCUUGUUAAUGACGAGGCCUCCGACGGGGUCCAACAGCUAUGGGGGCAACGCGUCCGGGGGAUUCAAGGACCAGUUCUCGUCCUCGAACACGAGUCCGUCGCGGGCCGCAGAGAGUUUUAUCCCCUUCUCGGCGAUCGGGAGCAAUCAUGACGGCAAUAGACGUGGGGGAAACCGAGGCGGUGGUGGGAGUGGCAGAUACAACCGUGGAGGUGGGAGACACAUGACAAACCAGACCCCUCAGAGGUUCCCUUAUCCGUACCAGCAGAAUGCCGGGAGAAUGCCCAGUCCGUAUUGCCAGGGUGGGCAAGGGUACGGGAAUUCGCCGAGAGGGAGGCAGAAUCAUGGAAAUCAGCGUGGGGGCCGGUUCGGUGGUGAUCACAACAGGUUCAAUUCCAAUAAUGGCAACAAUCCGAGAAGAAUGAAUGCAAACACCCCCUUAAGUGAUGUCCCAAUUGAUAAGUUUGUGUCACCUAAUAUGGUAAGGGAUCCAUGGGAGCAUUUUGAGAGUGAUGAAGCUAUAGAACCUGAAUCUAGUCCGGUUAUAACUUUAGAUAAUUCGGAAAUUAUAAUCGACUCAGACACAAGCGUAGUUAUUGAAAAUUCCUAUGAAGAAGGUGUGAGUGGGACUGAGGGCGACAGUUCCCCAGUGCAUGACACUGGAAGUGAUUCCCCUUAUGUUGCAACGUCGUCAACCUCAGAAAAGGAUACGGGAAGCGAUACAGCGAGUGAUGCAUAGCAAAAUCUUUGGGCUUUGUCUCUGAGAUAUGGGCUAGGCGUUUGUGCAGUUAUAGAUAUAUAUGUAUUUGUUGUCCCCCCCCACCCCAAGUUAUUUCUUUCAAAUAUCUUUUAUUGUAAUUAAGGUCUUUAUUUCAAGUAAUACAUAUAUCCCAAUCAAAGCAAUAUCUUAACACUCAUAUAAAUGAGUAUGAAGUUCAAUAUCUGUAUGGGACCUUUUUUUCUUUGUCUUUUUUUUAUAAUUUUAAAGAGAGGGUUAUGACUGAAGAAUAAGUCACAAAACUUGAAAGUGUAACAGAUGGAAAGAAUAAUAUAUUCUGUGACAUAUUCAGAGAUGUGCAUUGUAGAUUUAUUAGUUGGCAGUCUUCCUAAAGGUUGCUUUUUCUUUCUUUUUUUAUAUUUAUUUCUUUCUUUUUUGGACACCUUGUUUUAAGACUAACACUAGCCUCAUUAAUGUUAAAAGUACAAAAUGUAUCAACAAAAUGUACAAAGCAAUCAAUCAGUUCAUAAGCUAUAGAUUUCUACAGUUUUAUGAAUUUUCAUGUCAAUCUCAGAUUAUUAUAAUUUCUCUUUUUUUUUUCUUUUUUUACCAUUUGUCUUUGUUGCCAAACACUUUCCUAGCAGAUUUUUACACUGUUGGCUUCUCAAGUAGUUUUCAAAUGAGCAGUUCAAGACUGUAGGUGAAUUACAGUAUUGUAAGGUUUUAGAUAUUUUGUACCUUUAAAUACUUGAUGUUAACGACUGGAAUAUUUGAACUUGACAUUUCUUACGACAGUGUUACAUUUGUAAAUGUAAAGCCAUUGAAAGGAGGUAUUUAAGGUUAUUAUUUUGUUAGUCUUCGACAGGUAGUAUUGAUUAGAUGUAAAAUAUGAGAAUAAUAUGUCUUAUGUGUAUGCUGUAGAGGAAUCUGUUUUUUUCAUCAUGAAAACUUUUUAUUGUAUUGAUGUCUUUUGGAAUGAUUAUUAAGAAUACUUAUAUUAGACUAUUUUGAUAAUGUUUGUUAUCAUUAAGCAAGCUGUUUGUGUUUAAUGUGCUUAUGCAAAAUAAAGUAUAAAAUUUCAAGGAUAUUACAGAGUAAAAGAAAGUAUGUAUUCAUAUUCAUAUUGAUAUAAUGCUUUCCUUUCUUGUUUUCAAAAGGUUAUUAGGCUCUGUGUACUCAUGGCAGUGUUUGAGAUAGUUGAGAUUUCUAUUUAUAUCUUAGUAAGUACAUUCAUUAUAGCUAUCAACUGACAUUAUUCAUGCUUAGGCAUAUUGUUAUGUUUAUAAAUGUAACAUGGAAAUUAUUGUACAAAGUUUUAUGCUAUUCUGUAUAUUUUUAAAAAGAUUGACUGUUCUCUAGAUUUGUGAAUGAAUUGAUUUUUUAAAAUGUGAGUGCAUGAUGAAAUUGGGCCCAAGAUUGAAUACCCUUUUUUUUUUUUCUUUUCUUUUCUUUUCUUUGCCUUGAGUGUUCAAACAAUCCGGUGAGACACCAGCAGUUGUUGUUUAUGUAAACAUCCUCGGAGCAUUUCUUGCAAAAGGGAUGGGGAUGUGUCUCGGUAAAAGGAGAGCCUCGUUUUCUUUUGCUUUGCCAAGGGCAGCAUUGUAGGGAAGAAAGAUAUUUAUUAAAGGGAAUGUCCUCUAGA